AUUCAUAAUUCCACUCACACACGCGCACAACAUACACAAAACAAAACUAUGCAAACUCCAAUGGCUUCCUCUUCUCUCAAACUCAACUCCAACUUUCUUAACAAUUACAGACACUCGCUGCAUCAGGAAACUUCCUUCUGUGCUCCCCUUCACAGCCUUUUCAACUUACCUCCGAAUGCCUUUCCCAAACCGAGAUUGAACUGCAACGGCCGUUGUCGCGCCGUCCGAGUGGUGAAAGCCUCCGUCGGAGCGGCGGAAUCCGAGGUCGCGCGUGAUCGCACCCUCCGUGAGGGAGGUAAGAUUUUGAGAGUCGGAAUUAUCUGCGGCGGUCCUUCCCCCGAGCGCGGAAUUUCGCUUAAUUCGGCUCGGUCGGUGCUCGAUCAUAUUCAGGGUGACGAUUUACAUGUGAGCUGCUAUUACAUUGACUGCAAUUUCAAAGCGUACGCCAUAUCAAAUGCUCAGGUAUACUCAAACACACCUGCAGAUUUUGAUUUCAAGCUUGAAACCCUCGCCCAAAGUUUCAAAUCAUUGUCUGACUUUGUCGAACACCUUGCCACCUCCGUGGACAUUGUAUUUCCUGUUAUACAUGGUCGUUUUGGUGAAGAUGGUGGCAUUCAAGAGCUAUUGGAGAAAUCCAACAUUCCAUUUGUUGGAACUCCAUCGAAUGAAUGUCGUAAAGCAUUUGAUAAGCAUGAUGCCUCAUUGGAGCUUGACAAACAAGGAUUCAUUACUGUACCCAACUUUCUAGUGCAGGGGAGGGAACUGGAAGACACUGAGCUUUCAAAAUGGUUUACCAAAAAUAAUCUGGACAUCAGGCAAGGAAAAGUUGUGGUAAAGCCGACAAGAGCAGGAUCAAGCAUUGGGGUUACAGUUGCUUAUGGUGUUACUGAUGCUCUUGCAAAAGCUAAUGCAAUAAUAUCAGAGGGAAUUGAUGAUAAAGUCCUGGUAGAAAUUUUUCUUGAAGGAGGUAGAGAAUUUACAACUAUUGUCCUUGAUGUGGGUUCUGGUUUGGGCAGCCAGCCGGUUGCUCUACUCCCAACAGAGGUGGAACUUCAAUCCCAAGGCCAUGUGGACUCAAGUGAAAAGGACAUUAUCUUUAAUUAUCGCCGUAAAUAUUUACCAACACAGCAGGUUGCUUAUCAUACUCCACCUCGAUUUCCAGAAAUUGUAACUCGAAAUAUUCGUGAAGGAGCUUCUUUAUUAUUUCAACAACUUGGCCUACGUGAUUUUGCUAGAAUUGAUGGUUGGUUCUUGCCACCUUCCGCUGAAACUUCUUAUCUUACUGGCAACAAGUUGGGACGGUCUGAGUUUGGCACAAUACUUUUCACUGAUAUUAACCUGAUUAGUGGGAUGGAACAAACAAGUUUCUUAUUUCAGCAAGCCUCAAAGGUUGGAUUUUCACACUCUAACAUUCUUCGAACAGUAAUCCAACGUGCUUGUGUGCGGUUCCCAAAUCUUCAGCAAUACAGCGUGGUAUCAAGUCCCAUUCUAAGAGCAAAAUCUUCACAAAUUAACACAUCUUUUCCGAAGCAUCAAGAUCUACGGAAAGUUUUUGUUAUUUUUGGUGGAGACAGUUCUGAGCGGCAAGUAUCUCUAAUGAGUGGAACUAAUGUUUGGUUGAACCUGCAGGCAUUUGAUGAUCUUGAAGUAUUACCUUGCUUACUCGCCCCUACAAAUGGGUAUCCAUUGAAUACAGACUCUGAUAAAACUAAAUUGGGAGAAAGCUCAAAGAUAGUUUGGACCUUACCAUACUCUAUUGUGCUCAGACAUACUACUGAAGAAGUUCUUGAUGCAUGCAUUGAGGCAAUAGAACCUGCCCGGGCCGCAUUAACAUCUCAUUUGCGGAAACAAGUAAUGGAUGAACUCAUGGAAGGCUUGAAGAAUCAUGACUGGUUCAGAGGGUUUGAUAUAUCUGAUGAUUUACCAAAGAGAUAUUCACUUGAGCAAUGGGUCAAGCAAGCUAAAGAAGUUGGGGCAACAGUCUUUAUUGCAGUUCAUGGAGGAAUAGGUGAAGAUGGCACACUCCAGUCAUUGUUGGAGGCUGAGGGAGUCCCUUACACAGGUCCCGGUGUAAUGGCUUCGGAGACGUGUAUGGACAAAGUUGUUACAUCCCUUUCUCUCCAACAUCUUGCAGGUUCUGGUGUACUUACAAUUACUAAGGAUGUACGAAGAAAAGAGGACCUACUGAAAAUGCCCCUCCUUGACAUUUGGCAUGAUUUGACAUCAAAACUUGGGUGUGAAACGUUAUGUGUUAAACCAGCUAGAGAUGGUUGCUCAACUGGAGUUGCAAGAUUACGUUGCAAAGGGGACCUCACUGUAUACGUUAAAGCACUAGAGAACUGUCUACCACGAAUUCCUCCUAAUAGUUUAUCAAAGGCCCAUGGAGUGAUUGAAAUGCCAUUUCCUCCUCCAGAGUUAUUGAUAUUUGAGCCUUUCAUUGAGACUGAUGAGAUAAUUGUUUCUGGAAAUGCACAUGAUCUCCUGUGGAAAGGAAACAGCCGAUGGGUUGAAAUAACAGUUGGUGUUAUAGGAAAACGUGGAUCAAUGCGGUCAUUGACUCCUAGCAUUACUGUGAAAGAAUCUGGAGAUAUAUUAUCACUUGAGGAGAAAUUCCAAGGGGGAACGGGCAUCAAUUUGACUCCACCACCACUCUCCAUUAUGAGUAAUAAGGCCCUCAAGAAAUGUAAAGAACAUAUUGAACUUAUAGCAAACACCCUGGAGUUGGAAGGAUUUUCGCGAAUUGAUGCAUUUGUCAAUGUUGACAGUGGUGAGGUAUUAAUUAUAGAGGUUAACACCGUUCCUGGGAUGACGCCUUCCACUGUCCUAAUUCAUCAGGCACUUGCAGAGGAACCUCCAGUAUACCCUCACCGGUUCUUUCGCACAUUGCUUGAUUUGGCAUCUGAAAGAUCUUCGUAAAAUUGUUGUAUUGUAACUUAUUCUACUGGGUUCAGUUGUUGAAUAAGCUGUUUAAGAAACAGGUUUGCUGGUGAUGAAGUUACUCAGAUAUUAAGUUUAUGAACUGGAGAACAAUGCGAGUGAAAUCCAUGAAAGCAUCUCUUUGUUGCUGGACUGAUAUAAUUAAUACACAUCAUCAUGUGGUGUUUCCUCAUUGUCACUAUAGUUGGCGUAGUUACAGCUACUUGACAAAUUUUUCGUGCAUAGAACUUCAUGUUAUCCAAACAUUAAUUUGUAUUCAGUGGAAUUAUCCUCGGAAUGUAAGUUUAUGAUUGUUGGGGGCUAAACCAACAAUCAUAAAGGGGAAAGAUAUCCUAAAAUAUCUACA